AUGCCCAGAAGCAUCUCAGAAACUGCAAUAUUUGAAGACCUAAAACUUAGAAAACUACCAGUACUAAAAGUUGAACAGUUCACAAAGAGAAUAGAAAGUGAUAUCAUAAAAUUACCCAUAUACUUCAUUGAACUUGAAAGGAAUAAAUUAGGAGAAGCGAUUUACAACUUAAAUAAUAUUUUUAACUUCAAUAUCACUAUUGAGAAAUAUGCACCUAAAACUAAAAGACCAAUUCAAUGCUUCAAGUGUCAGAGCUAUGGACAUUCACAGGCGAAUUGCUAUAAAAAAGAAAUAUGUUGUAAAUGUUCCCAGAAUCACAGAUCUAAUACUUGCUCUUUAAAACGUGAAGAAAAACCCAUCUGCUAUUUUUGCCGUGGGGAACAUGUAUCGUCCUACCGUGGUUGCCCGAUUUAUAAAAAGCGUUUUCAAACUCCUAAACCUGCAGAGAAAACCCAAGAGAUUCCAAAUCUUAAAGAUUUCUCAGCACUCGCAUCUAAAUCUGAAACUGAAAUUAAAGAAAUUCAAAGAAACAUCCCAUUCAGCGCCGUCUUUAAACAGCAGAAGAUCCCAGCAGAUAAUGAUAAUCCAAUAUCCCAAGUUUUUUCAAAUCCUAAAGUUUUCAAAUUUAUUCAAGAUAUGAACGAUGUUGCAGUUAAUAUUAAAUCCGCUAAAUCCAGUACAGAAAAACUUUCUAUCGCUUUCUUAGCAGUGAAGAUUGCUCUUGAUUUCGCAGAAGAGGAAAACUAA